GUCCCUUGGCGGUCGAUUUCUCGCGGGUGAAGGAAAAAUCGCCAGCAUGCACUCUUCCAACUUGUCCGAGAGCGUUCCCAGUUUUUCUAGUCGUGUUCGCACAACAUCAAUGAAUUCCUUGAUUUUCUAGUCUGCCCGACUGGACGCCUAGUCUCGCAACUCUCAACCCGAACAAUGCUGGAUGGGGCGGAGAGUUUCGAAGCUCUUUUGCCUCUGCCUCCACUCGACGAGCUCCUCAGUGUAUUCAGUAGAAUAGAAGGAAGGAAGCUGUGUUUUCGGCUUGUCCAUCGUCCAUGCAUUGGGAAACUCAAGAGGCCUGGCAACAGUCCCAUUACCAAGGCCAAGGCACUCCGAGACUCCAUCCAUCCAUCCAGAUCCAGCAUGAUGUGAUGAAGUCGCCGGCCGCCAAAGCGAUCACAGCUUCCCUCGGAUCGACCGACUCUUUCGCUUUAACGUACUCUCUCCCGACCUCUGUCAAGGCAAUAGAGUACCCGUUGGUGUGGGUAGGCUUCUCGUACGUAGGUACGUACGUAGGUACGUACGUAGGUACGUACGUAGGGAGCGUCGGGAGGGACGUCGUUUCGUGGUUGGAGUGUGUGCUCUGCAUUUCUGCCGCCUGCCAAGCGAUCCCCGAGCAACUCUCGCAGCCUCGCGGGCGGUCACGGCCAACUUUGCUUGGCUUGAACUCUCCAAAGCUUUUCUCCAUAACUGUGAUGGAAUCGAACGAAAUCUGGGGAAAUGUCCAGGAUUUCAGCAGUGACUCGGGCCCUUUAAUAUUAAAGUUAAGCAGGCAAACUCAUCCAUGUAUUUUGAACCUCGCCGUCUUUCAUCCUAGAUUGAAUUCUCCCAAAACCUCAAUGAUGAGUCUUCUUUGUUAAACUGACCUUCCUGGUUUCCGGAACUAGUACAAAAACCCCAUUUUUUCGCCCAAGACAUGGCCAAAAGGUGCUGCCCACGCCCAUUGUUGUUGACUCAGUACAAAGUGUUCCUUCAAUUCAAGACUGAGGAUUGCCACGGAACUCAGAAGAAACAGUUGUAUUACCAAGACGUUCAUUGGCGAGAUCCUUGAAGCCAGGGGGAAAUAAUCCGCACGUUUCACACGUCACUCAUCAGACUUCAAACCACCAAUAAUAUCCUCAAACCAGUGCCAAAAAGAUCCUCUUUCGUUCGUCUGAAAACAGAAAUCCAGCCGUCUGAAGAUCCAAGCUCCCAAGCAAAAUUUUGAAGGCUGUGAUAGAGAAGGUCUUGUGGAGCACCAUCAAACCCCGACGUCUGAAAGGUACGUGCGUAUUAAGUCGGAGGCAAGAUCCUAGUCUGGAAACGUUGCCCCUCACCCCCUUGUUUGAGAGUCCCCUUUUCCGUCUUUGUGAACCACCUUGCACAUUUCGCAUUUCCCAAGCCACCAACCAACCAACCAACCACCCAACCAACCGAUCCACCCUCCACCAGCAAUUCCCCCUUUCCUCUUUUGGUCCGUAUUACCCUCUGCCGAAUCUGAAGGGGGUUUGAGAGUGUCAUUCGAACUGGUAUGUAUCUCUCUUUCUCCUUAUUCAGACCGCGAUGAAAGAGAUCGAGAAUUCCCUGGUGGAGUCAUCGUCCCAAGUGGAACAGCCUUCGUCCUCCUCUACAUUUGUUCGUUCUCAAACAACCCUGGAACAAGCCGAACUCCAAGAACAUCUAAGGGGUGAACCCAGGAGGGCCACCCCAGUUCCAGUCGCAUUGUCUGGCGAGAAAGCACCCUUGUCGCAUUUGUGGCGACGAGGCGGCAAUGCCAGGACAAGUGCAACUUCAACACAACGUACUACGUCCGCAAUGGCCGUGGCGAGCGUGGGUCCAGCUCGAAAAGACGGAGAAGCAGGAGGAGGAGGAGGAGGAAGAAGGAUCCCUGAGCAGGAGGACGCUAUGCUUUUCCAGACAAAGGGCAGAUUGGGAGAGCUGCUACGUGGAGAAGCGGAGGACGAACAGGAGGAGGACGAGGCGGAGGGGGACGACGACGACGACGACGAGGAGGAGGAAGAGGACGAGGAAACCGGCGAGGAUGAAGAGGACGGGAGGACGAGAAGGCGAAGGGAACAACAACUUUUGAAGAAGCCGGUUGAAUGUAGCUUCGCGAGCUCGUCCUUCAACAACAGUUCAGGGGCGACUCCCCACGUGAAAACAAGUGCUGCGGAACCGACAAGUAGUAGUUAUAGCGUUCACUCCAGCGUUCUGAGACAAAGUGCCGAUUCCAAUAGCAACAUGACCAUCUCCAGUGAGUGUGAUGAUGACCGAGGGGUGGGAUCCGGCGGUGAUAUGGCCAUGGAGGAGGACUCCCCCACCCCCAUGAACCUCUCUCCCGCCCACCGGAAUGAGGCCUUUUGUAAGGGCGUCUCCACUAUUGUUCACAACAGUCCACAACCCAAUUUGUGUGCCAAAAUGCGGCUAAAGAAACAAAGACUCGAGGCGGCUGCGGCGGCUCUUCUAGCGGCCAAUACUAAUAACGCCGUCAACUUGGUCAAGGCUGACUCGAAUGAUAAUCAAAUGCAGACCGACAGCUCCCAAUCCAAUGGGGUCACAGCCCUCCUAAAUGGGAACAACAAUUCGGCAUGGAUUGAUCAAAACUCGGCCCUUCACAAAUUGGCUGAAGCUGCAGAGCGAAAACAGGAAGAGGAGAUGAUGGAAAUUGAGGCCGCCUCGGCGGGUUCGAGCACUCCUCGGGGAGCUGACUCGGAUACACCCACAUCGGGAUCGCCACGUCCUCAACUCAACGUCAUUCCCCACCGUUUUCAUCACAAGCUCAAUGCUCACAUGGAAUUCGAGGUGUCCUCCACCGGAGCCACGCCCACCGCCAGCCCCUUGACCGCGCGACAUUUGGUCAAGGGUGGGACGACGCCUUCGCCGGACUCUGCCAUACAUUCUGCCUACUACUCUCCCACCCAAUCGCCUGUGCAAUCUCGACACCUGUCGGGUUUCUCGUCGCCAUUUUCCUUGAGGACCACGCCUUCGUUGAGCCGUAAUAACAGCGAUGCCAGCCAAUACGGCGGCUCUCACUCAUCGGCGGCCACGUCGCCUCUCUCCCCGACCCAUCAGUCUCCCACCCAUUCCCCGGUUCAGAGCCGACAUCUUCACCUCCCGGCCUUGCCCUCGUCACCUCUGCCAGUGUCCAGGCACUUAUCCUUGCCACCCACUUACCAUCAAACCAUGCUGGACAUUCGCCGCUCCUCGCCCACAAUUUCCGAGAACAACGAAAAUGAAGAGAAGCCUUUGGGCUUGAACGCCUCUGCUCAAGCCUCUGGCAUCUCCCGCCAACAGCUCAUCAACAGUCCUUGUCCGGUCUGUGGGGAUAAGAUCUCAGGAUUUCACUACGGAAUCUUCUCGUGUGAAAGCUGCAAAGGCUUCUUCAAGCGAACGGUUCAAAACAAAAAGAACUACGUGUGUCUGAGGGGUGCCCAAUGCCCGAUCAGCAUUGCCACUCGGAAGAAAUGCCCGGCCUGUCGAUUUGACAAAUGCCUCAAAACCGGCAUGAAACUGGAAGCAAUAAGAGAGGAUCGAACCAGGGGUGGACGGUCAACGUAUCAGUGCUCUUACACCUUACCCGCAGGGAUCAAUGGCAAACCCAACCAAGCGCCCUCAGGACCCGCCGAGCAGUCUCCCCUCCCUCCUGGCCUCCCCUCUGUGCCACUUCCACUGAAGAGGGAGAUGUUGGAGGAUCAGGCCCAUUUCAAUGAGGUCACCUCCUCGACCAUGACCAACGCCUAUGUCAGUAAUAAUGCUUCAAGCCGCAAGGUUCCUGAUCGCGCUCGUACCCUCAAUCUUGAGUGCGCCCCUCCCACACUCCAUGCCCCGAUGGAGAACCCUCACCAGACCAUUCCAGAAGAGACAGACUUGAGCCUGGGCGACACGGCGCCGAAGAUGGGUGUCCCGCCUUUGCUUCAGAAAAUCAUGGAUGUGGAACACCUUUGGUUCUCAAGUCGACCCCUCGAAAGUCGUCUCAACUCAAGCGGCAUGGGAGAAGUUGACAUGGUUCAAAAUCUGACCGUCAUGGCUGACAAACGAUUGUACAAAUUGGUCAAGUGGUGUAAGAGUCUGCCGCUCUUCAAGAACAUCUUGAUCGACGACCAAAUCGCACUUUUGAUUAAUGCGUGGUGCGAGCUUUUGGUCUUCUCAUGUUGCUAUAGAUCUAUCGGAUCACCUGGACUAAUUCGCGUAUCCAACGAAAAAUCUCUGUCUUUGGAAAUGGCGCGGGAAUACGGGAUUGAAAAUUGUGUGGAAAAAAUGCUCAACUUCACGGAGCAAUUGAGGAGGCUCAAAGUGGAUUACUAUGAAUAUGUCAGCAUGAAAGUUAUUGUUCUCUUGACUUCGGAUGCGUCGGGUUUGAAGGAACCAGAACACGUGAGAGAUUCUCAAGAGAAAGUGGUCCAAUCGCUUCAAAAGUACACCACCCUCAAUUACUCGUCACUUCCAGCGAAAUUUGGAGAACUUCUCUUGCGUAUCCCAGAGCUACAAAGAGUUUGCCAGGUCGGAAAAGAGAUGCUCUGCCCCAGACAGCAAGCCCAAGGUGAGACCGCUGGGUUCAAUCUACUGAUGGAAUUACUCAGAGGAGAUCAUUAGGCUAUAAAAGGAUUCUCGUUGAGUUGUCAAAGAAGGAGUUGUAUGGUUCUGACGGUCUUAUUCCGUGGCCUGGAUCAACUUCGACCUCACAAAACCAUAAUUACUUCUUCAACCACUUGUGAAAUCCUCGUGGAAUCUAAGCUCUGGAAUGAUUGCAACGGUUGAAUUUGGCGCCAAAUCUUCCUUAUGCAUUCUCUCCGAAAGACCAGCGCCAUCUUGUUUUGGCAGCUGCAUUCUGAAACGUUUUCUCUAAAUCUAACAAAAUGAAGAAGCGCAACUCUUGUCAAAACAAAUCAAAGAGCUACCUGAACAUGAACCAAUUUGUAAUCGUAUUUUUUAACUGAGUCACGAAUAAGUGUGCUUCAUUGGUUGUGCCAAGUCCAGCUUGUGAAGAGUUAAACAACUUCAUUUGUAGCAAUUGAAACAUUUUGGUUGAAACUGAAGGGCAGACAGGAACAUGAGUCCUUCGAACUAAUGCUUUGUAAUGAUAUUAAUGACUAUUAUUAUUAUUAUUAUGAUUAUGGCUUUUGUUAUGACUAUUAUUAUAAUUGCAACAACAACAACAACAACAACGACGGCGACGAUUUGUUUUCUGGUGAUACUUUUUAGUUACGACGUGAAAUUCUCCCAGAUUUCUCAAACUCUUUUUCCCUUCGCUUCCGUAUCUUAUUACAAACUGACCUUCCCAAGCUGUCUCCAUGGUUCUUUAACUUCAUCCAAGACUCGUCUCGAUCACAGUAUUUUCGUUUGAAAAAAACCUUUCUAAUCGACCCGUUACGAAUUUGAAAUGACAACAGGUUCCAUUAUUUUUCUACCCAACAAGCCGAUUUGUGCACGUUCCAAGUGAACAAAAAUGUGAAUAGUAACAGCGCCCGAGCCCCUUUUCUAGCUUUCCAGCCUGCAAAUGGAUUGAUUGCCAUUGAUUUCUACCACAGAUAAGCUUACCAACACACUUUGGAUGCUACUGACCUUUGCCCCCAGAGACUGAAGACUAAUAGAUUGCAAAAACACGAAACAAAUACUAUCCUUCCCAGAAGAAAUAAGAGAUCAUUAAUGAAAGUACCUGGAUCUUUGGAACGCCUCCGCAAUUUUUGGUACUCGAAAUUUGAAUUUUACAAUUGCAACAACUUGAUACUAAUCUCCUGAAUAUCCUUUGUAAAAAAAAGGUUUUGCGGCCACCUACUUCUCUUAUGAUCCCCAUCUGAUCUAUUUUCUUAUCCUCCUUUUUCAAAGAUCACAUGUUUUGUCAAGUUGCUGUCCAAGUAAUAUAAUAAUUACCUUUUUAUAACUGAAGCUGAUGCUUGUGUUUGGUUGACUCUGUUAUUUUUCAGUAUUGUAUAUGCAUAAUAAAAAUUGUUUCGAAAAUGACCAAA